AUGGCCCUCCGACAAGACCCCGGCCCGCCGCCCCUCGCGCAGGGCGACGGCCGGGGCGGCCACGUCGACAUCGAGGCCCCCCCUCCCGCGGCGGGGCGUCUGGAUCGGAGCCGCGGCCACGCACCUGCCGACGGAUCAAAACUCGACGAAGGGCAAUUCAACAAGGGACGAGCCGACGAAGGAAGAAUCGGCGAAGGGCGAGUCGACGAAAGGCACAACGGGAAGGGCGGCGGCGCGGGCUGGGAUGCCCUCGCCCAAGGGUCGUCUCUGGGUGAGAGGUUCAGCUACGGCGACAGCCUGAGGCGCAGGAGGGGCGGGGAGCGAAAGCCCUUCCACAUGAAGCUGUUUAAGACGCCGAAGGAGGUGGCGGGGGCGAUCACGGCGAUGGGGAGCAAGAAGGGGGAGUAUUCGCUCGUGAGGACCUUCGGCCUGGCGGUGCUGGCCGGAGUUUACCUGUCCUUCGGCGGCCUGCUGUCCAGCGUGGUGGCGGGGGGGAUCCCCGGGGUGAACAGGGACAACCCGGGUCUGGGGAGGCUCCUGUUUGGGGCGGUGUUCCCCUUCGGCCUGGCCAUGAUACUUCUGUACGGCGGGGAGCUUUUCACCAGCAACACCAUGGUCAUGGCCGCGACGUGCAUGGGGCGCAAGAUCAACUGGCGGCAGGUGGCGACGAACUGGGUACUGUCCUGGCUGGGCAACUUCGCAGGGUCGCUUCUGGCCGCGUACUUCCUAAGCCGCCUGCCGGGCAUCUUCGACGACGACCCGUAUCACGAAUUCGUGCGGUCUCUGGCGGAGAAGAAGGUCAACAUGGGAUGGGGAGAGGUCUUCCUGCGCGGCGUCGGCUGCAACUAUCUCGUCAACCUUGCGGUCUUCAGCGCCACCACCGCGGAGGACGUGGCCGGCAAGUACAUCAGCCUGUGGUUCCCCAUCACGGCCUUCGUGGCCAUCGGCUACGAGCACAGCAUCGCGAACAUGUUCUUCAUACCCAACGGCAUGAUGUACGGCGCUGACGUCAACGUGGGGCAGUUACUGUGGCGUAACAUGAUACCCGUUACGCUGGGCAACCUGUUGAGUGGCGCCACGUUCAUGGGGGCGGUCACUUGGGCGGCGUAUAUCUGGUGA